UUGGGCGUAGCUUUGUAGAAAAAAUGGUGGUAUAAUUUAAAGCACUCCGCGAAUAAAGAGACAACGCGAGGGAAUUUGAACAGAAUUUGGAGAAAUUUUGCCCCAAAGUCGUCACUCUCUCAGCUAUCGAGUGACUCCGGCGCGAGUGGUGAUGGACUCAACUGCUACAGCUACUGCCGGCGCCGGUAUUUCAACUCCCCGGUGGAAUGUGGAUCGACCUUUCCUUACCGGCCGUUUCCACCAGGAAACGAAAUCUACAUUUUCGGAAUCCAAGGGUUUCUCCAAGGAGUCUUUCAGUUCUGGAGUGGACAAGGCUAUAGGUUGCUACCAUGCUGCAAUUCAGGAACUGAUUGUAAUUGAUGACCUCUUGUCUGCUUUGAUUGGAAUUGAAGGACACUAUAUUUCAAUAAAAAGAGUCCGAGGGAAGGAAGAUAGUAUAUCUUUCCAGGUUGACGCAUCUAUGGAUUUAGCACUCCAGGAAUCUUCAAAAAGGCUGUUCCCUUUAUGUGAGAGUUAUUUGCUGAUCAAUCAAUUUGUUGAGACAAGAUCGCAGUUCAAAACUGGCUUAGUUAAUCAUGCCUUUGCAGCUGCUUUAAGAGCACUUCUUCUAGAUUAUCAAGCCAUGGUAGCUCAGCUUGAGCAUCAGUUUCGGUUAGGAAAGCUUUCUAUACAAGGAUUAUGGUUCUACUGUCAGCCAAUGAUGGGUUCAAUGCAAGCUUUAUCCAUAGUGGUGAAAAAGGCUUCAGGCAGUGACAUAUCUGGUUCUGCAGUCAUUAAUCUUUUGCAAAGCCAGGCUAAGGCCAUGUCUGGUGAUCAUGUAGUCAGGUCUUUGCUGGAAAAGAUGCUGCAAUCAGCAAACAGUGCAUAUCUUGGGAUACUAGAAAGGUGGGUGUAUGAGGGAAAGAUUGAUGAUCCUUAUGGCGAAUUUUUUAUUGCUGAGAACAAGUCUCUUCAUAAGGAGAGUCUCACGGAAGACUAUGAUGCCAAGUACUGGCAACAACGUUACAGCCUCAAGGGUGACAUUCCAAGUUUUCUUGCAAGUGCUGCUGAAACAAUUUUAACAACUGGAAAAUAUUUGAAUGUCAUGAGAGAGUGUGGACACAGUAUUCAGGUUCCUGUGGCAGAAAAUUCAAAGUUGACUAGUUUUGGUUCAAAUCACCAUUAUCUCGAGUGCAUCAAGGCUGCUUAUGAUUUUGCCAGUGGUGAGCUACUAAAUCUAGUUAAAGAAAAGUAUGAUCUUAUGGCAAAGUUGCGGUCUAUCAAGCACUACCUUCUUCUUGAUCAGGGCGAUUUCUUGGUUCACUUCAUGGAUAUAGCUAGAGAGGAGCUCUUGAAGAAGCCAGAUGAGAUUUCAGUGGAGAAACUUCAGUCUCUUUUGGACCUUGCUCUGCGAACCACAGCUGCUGCAGCUGAUCCUUGCCAUGAGGACUUGUCAUGUUGUGUGGAGAGAACUACUUUGUUAAAAAGGUUGAGUACUCUAAAAGAUCUUGAAGUUAUUCAGUUUGUUUCAGAUGGUCACAAUUUAGAGGAACCAGUAAGCAUUACUGGCUUGGAAACAUUUUCUUUGAAUUACAAGGUUCAAUGGCCAUUGUCCCUCGUAAUAUCAAGGAAGGCCCUGAUAAAAUACCAACUAAUUUUUCGCUUUCUAUUUCACUGUAAACAUGUUGACCGACAGCUCUCUGGGGCAUGGCAAGUACAUCAAGGUGUCCGGAAACUUGAUAUGCAUGGCACUGCAGUCUCUGUAUCAUCAUUACUAUGUCGCAAUAUGCUAAAAUUUAUUAACAGCCUCCUGCACUACCUGACAUCUGAGGUUCUUGAGCCUAAUUGGCAUGUAAUGCAGAGCAGACUUCAAACUGCAAAAAGCAUUGAUGAGGUGAUACAGUACCAUGAUUUUUUUCUUGACAAGUGCCUGAGAGAAUGUUUGCUUCUCUCACCUGCUAUUCUGAAGAAGGUUGAGCGUUUAAAAUCUCUAUGUCUACAAUAUGCAGCAGCUACUCAACGGCUAAUUACCACUGCCUUUGAGGCUCCUGUGACAGGGACUUUGCCUCAGGAUGCACCUCAGAUGGAAAAGUUCAGUCGAUUAAAGCUGAGGUCCCGAUCACAGAAGCUGAAACCAGCUAGUGAAGAUGCCACAGUAUUUGAAUCCAUUCUGAAGUUCGAGAGGGAAUUCACAGCUGAGCUGCAGAGCCUGGGACCAAUUUUUAGCAGUGGUUCUCGAGCAGAGCCAUAUUUAACUCAUCUUGCACAGUGGAUUCUUGGUGUAGGGAACGAUCAAUAAGUUACAAUGUCUUUUCUCAUAGCCGUGGUGCUUUGAAGGGCAAACUUUAUCACCCAUUUGACGCAGAACUCCCCAUGCCUCAUUGAAGUAUCCCUUCUUGACAAACGAACUCAUCAUAGAAUUGUAUGUGUAGCUCGCAGGAUCAACACCAGUGUUUGUGA